AUGCUUACAGGUGACAUACCGCCGAAUCAGACUAUAUACAUAAAGAACCUUAAUGAGAAAGUCAAGAAAGAAGAGUUGAAGAGAUCUCUUUAUGCCUUGUUCUCACAGUAUGGGAGAAUUGUGGACAUUGUUGCACUGAAAACUGCCAAGCUUCGAGGACAGGCAUGGGUUGUAUUCAGUGAAGUGACGGCUGCAAGCAAUGCAGUGCGACAAAUGCAAAACUUCCCAUUUUAUGAUAAACCAAUGCGAAUACAAUAUUCCAAAUCAAAAUCAGAUUGCAUUGCUAAAGCAGAGGGUACCUACGACAAGAAAAAGAAGCAAGAGGAAAAAGCUGAAAAAAAGACGCGUGGUAGGGAGGGUCCACAAACUGCCCCUGGUAAUGGUCCUAGAGCUGACACCAAUGGAGGCCCACCUACUUCAUCUUGGCAAGCGAAGUCGGGUGCACAAGAAGCAGCUGCGGAGCCAAACAACAUACUCUUUAUACAAAAUUUACCAUACGAGACAACUUGUAUGAUGUUGGAAGUUCUUUUCAAACAAUACCCUGGCUUUAGAGAAGUUCGAAUGAUUGAAGCAAAGCCAGGUAUCGCCUUUGUAGAGUUUGAUGAUGAUUUGCAGUCGUCAGUAGCCAUGCAGGCACUUCAAGGCUUCAAAAUCACUCCGCAGAAUCCCAUGGCCAUCACCUAUGCCAAAAAGUGA